CAAAAUCCGGAGAAUCCUCCAUCGACAGGGCUCGGACCUCCAUCUCUCCUUAUCGCGGACGGUCCGAGCCCGCUUUUGCGGUGCUUUCUCCGCGCUCCGGGGCCCACAUCACACUUAUUCGGUCCACUCCGGGUGCGGUGCAAGACGCGCGGAGAGCUCCGUGUUCGCGAUUUUCGGUGCCGAAUCGAAGAAGAUUCGCAUCAGCUAACGGCCGGUUCGUUUGUUCGUCGGUGGUUUUUUCGCUGUUGAGGAAAAGGAAAUUUCGAGAUUUAACUCUAAACGAAGAUGCCCGGAGAUUCGUAUUACUGGAGCCCGGAGCACCCGGACCCCGACGAAUUCCUGGAGAAAGACCCCUACAUCGACCCCUGGGACCUGGAGAACUACGCCUACAUCAGGGAGCACCUGGAGUCCAUGGAGAUCAACUCGAAUCCCAGCGUUCCCAGCGGCAGUUCGGGGGAAUUCGCGGAGCCCACGAGUUCCUUCGACUAUGUUCCAGCUAGAAGACGACCAGUCAGCGUUCAACCUAGAGAGGAGCGAUUCGAUACAUUGAUGAGCGAUCACGAAAGCUACGCAGCGAUCGAUGAUUUGAAUAACUACUGCAGGAGGAAUAGAAGGACUACUGCAAGCGAAAUCUACUGGCCCACCAGGAAAAGAAUGACGUAUGAUUACGAAAUAGAUGGUGAAGAAGUGAGUCCUUACGCCGAAGGGGUAAUUCAGGAAAAUUCUGUUUUUGGUAUAUACGACGAGAACGGCAUCUUUCGAAGGGUAGCCGUUCCGAUCGGCUACAAAACCAGAGAUCGAAGCCUCAGCUAUUCAUAUGGCGAUUUUGAUCAUUAUCAGCACUUCAACCAGCGAGGGGGCGAUUCCAGUAGCACGUUGGAGGAGCUCAGGGAGAGGAUCGACAGGCAAGAUACGACAUUGCCGAUUUACGAUGAUACGAAUCGUUACAACAGAAACAAACCGCAGAAUUUCGGCUUUAGCAAAUACGGGCAUUUAAAAAUCGAUUAUUCCUGCAGCUGGAACAACUUGAACAAAUUCAUGAAGUACAACUGA